AUGCCUCACGCACUCUCUCCCGAGCAUGCUCCUGAGAGCAGUCCCGUGGACACGAUACUCCCGGAUGCUUCUGAAAGUCAAGAUGUCGACAUGUCCGACAGUCCGAACGACACAGCUCGGAGUGCCACGAAAGGACUAGAAGACAUGUUUGACGAUGAAGACCCUAACGAUCCGUAUUCUUCAAGCGCAGCGACUCGCGAGUCCAACAGCUCUCAGGGCAAGCCAGAUUCCGCACCCAAAGGCAACUUCUCCGAGCCCGAAACACUACGACAAUUCUAUCAGCGACUGUGUCCUUUUCGACACCUCUUUCAAUGGCUCAAUCACUCCGCGACACCGCAGCCCGACUUCCAGAACCGCGAAUUCUCCUUCUGGCUCCCUGGCAGCACAGUGAUUCGAUACCUCUCGUUCCCAUCUGCAGAUCUGCUCCGCAAGCAAUGCGUCCAGAUGACACCAGAACGAUUCGAAAUUGGACCACAGUACUCCAUCAAUCCGAAGGACCGCAAGACGCUGAAGAAAGCAUCGGCAUUCAAGCCCAUCAUGAAAGAGCUAGUCUUCGAUAUCGAUAUGACAGAUUACGACUCUAUUCGAACGUGCUGUUCAGGAGCCAAGAUCUGCAUCAAGUGCUGGCAAUUCAUCGUGAUGGCCAUCAAAGUGGUUGACAAGGCUUUGAGGGAGGACUUUGGCUUUCAGCACAUCAUGUGGGUGUACUCUGGACGAAGAGGAGCCCACGCUUGGAUAAGCGAUAAGCGAGCGCGAGAGAUGGACGAUACAAAACGAAGGGCAGUCGCUAAUUACAUGGAAGCUCUGCGCGGUAACGAGAAUGGCAAAAGGAAUGCCUUUCGACGUCCACUCCAUCCGCAUAUCGAGAGAAGCUUGAAGAUCCUGACGCCAUACUUCCAAACGGACGUGCUCGCGGAACAAGAUCCCUGGCGAUCGAACGAGCAGGCGGAGAAGCUGCUCGCUCUGAUACCAGACAAGUCGCUCACGGAUGCGUUGAGAAAGAAGUGGGAGUCCGCGGACCGCAGCUCCACCCAGAAGUGGGCAGAUAUUGACGCCGUGGCCGAAGCCGGCAACCUUUCCACUCUUUCCACAAAACAAUUGGUCGAGACCAAGCAAGACAUCAGGCUGGAGUACACAUACCCUCGUCUGGAUGCCGAGGUUUCCAAGAAAUUGAACCAUCUGCUGAAGUCUCCCUUCGUUGUACAUCCUGGCACCGGCCGGGUCUGUGUGCCCAUCGACAUCAGAUCGGUGGAGGACUUUGACCCUUUCACCGUGCCAACAGUCACGCAACUUCUGAGUGAGAUUGAUGACUGGGAGAAGAAGAAAGGAGCUGACAUGAGUGAUGAGGAGAAGGCGAAGAUUCAAGACUGGCAAAAGACAAGUCUGAAGCCGUAUAUCGAAUACUUCAGGGGCCACGUUGCGAGUCUGGUCCGAGAGGAGGGCAAAGGGAAACGUGAACGAGAUGAGGAUGGGAUGGAGUUUUAG